UCACCGUGCGCACCUGUCACGACAGUUUCUCCGCUCUCGGUCUUGCAGCCCGGCGCAGCCGGCUCCGCCAGCGAUGACGGCACACUCCUUCGCCCUCCCGGUCAUCAUCUUCACCACGUUCUGGGGCCUGAUCGGCAUCGCCGGGCCCUGGUUCGUGCCGAAAGGCCCUAACCGCGGAGUGAUCAUCACCAUGCUGGUGACCACCGCUGUCUGCUGCUACCUCUUCUGGCUCAUAGCCAUCCUGGCCCAACUCAACCCCCUGUUCGGCCCCCAGCUGAAGAACGAGACCAUCUGGUAUGUGCGCUUCCUGUGGGAGUGAUGCUGUGACUCCUGCUCAGGUGCCCCUGUUCUGGAUGACCUUGGUGUGUGCAUCUCUCCCUCACCACUCCUCGUCUUCGACCCUCACCCUCUGCAGUGCCCCCAGCACUUGUCCCUAUUGCCCCCUAUGAAGACCAUUUUCCAGCAGUCUGAGUGGGGGAGGCCGGCUGCAGCAGGCUUACCAGCCUCCCUCCCCCAGGAGAAGGAGCUGCUAAGCAAAUGAGGCCAGGACACAGCCCACUCCCCCGGACAGACCGACAGAUGGAAGGCAGGGUCCCAGCACCCCUGAAGGGAAGGAAGCCCUGGGUGGGGGCCUGGUGGUCGCCCCUGGCUUUGCCACCAGCCCACCCUGAGGUCUGUGUACAGAUCAUGCUUGCGGCCUCUGUACAACUCAAAAGUGUUCUUGAACUUGCUGACACAUUUAUAUGGAUAUUUCUGGGAACAUUGAAGUAAUGCAGUCACACAAAGAGGACACAUCGAUACCUGUAUUCAGCGCCCUUUGCUGUUAUAAAGCCACUUCAGUUCUGUUCAGGGAAGUUUUAUUCCCAGGAUUGCCCCACCCCCACCCCUGUCCCAUUUGCAGAGCCUGGUGGGGCCCCAGGGAAGUCUGGGUUCAGCUCCUGCCAGGUUGUGCCGGGGGCGGUGCCAGUCUGUGAUGAGGGGGUUUGGGGUCGUACACCAGGUGCUGGCCCCGGCUCCUGAGGCCAGCCUCCGGCUGCCUUCAGUGAGAGCUUGACUGCGGGGAGAAGGCAACGGAGGCGUAUAGGUUUGCUGGCGACAAAGGCUGUCCAGCAAGGUGUGCACAUCGACCACGGGAUGGGUAUUCUCACUGCUCAGAGGCACUUAGCGAGGCCGAGCCACUUGACACGUCUUCCCUCUAGGCCCCCCUAUUGGCAGGCCUCCUGAGAUGGCUUCAUUUUGGAACGGAUAUGGACCACGAAGAGUCUCACCUGAACCUUGGCUCUGGCCUAUUCCUCCCCAGCCCCCCUCAAACACCUUGCCUCCACAGGGGUAGCGUUGAGAGUCUGAACUGUGCUGACAAACCCAACCUAUGUUUAGUGACGAACGUCUGGUGCAUAGUAACUUGGCCGAUCACCAGGCUUCCGCGUCUUUGUUCAUUUGGGUUGGGAGCAGCAAGGUGACUGGCUCAGCUGCCUCAUCAUGGAUGCAGACAGGAGCACAUCAGCCUCCUGAGACUGGAGAAUACUGGCGUCCACUCCCUGCCUGCCUGUCACCACAACUAGGAGGAGGCAGAUGGGACUCAUUUAUGUGGAGCCUUGGGGACUGACUCCCUGUGCCUAGAUUGUAGAGUGUGUGAGCCCUGCUGUGGUGGAAAGUGUGGCUGUGUAAUAAACUGAGUCUCUGACCUCA